CCACAUCCUCUUCUUUAGGCACGAAACAUCAUCCUACAACCAUAGAUUCUCGGCCGUGAGUGAAGUUCGUGAGAGAGAAACAUUGUAUACAGUUUUCGGCCGCCGGAUUCCUCCGUCUGCUUCUCAAUCGAAACAAAAUGGCCGUUUGUGUGAGCAUUACGGCGAGUUCCACUUGGAGUAUGGCUUCUCUCCGUUCGGCCUUACCCACUUCUCCUUCCUUGUCCAUUAACUCAUCGAUUUCACCACCUUCGAUCCGAUUCUCAACUCCUUCCACCGUUUCUUCUUCUUAUUCCCAUCACAGAACAUCUAUCAUGAAAUCUACACAUUUACGAUCCUUUGUUGGCCUCACUCCAUUUCAACCCCUUCUAUCUCUCGGCUCUGAAGGAUUGGACAAUGGUUGCCACACAUUCACGAUAAUUGACAAUGGCGGUCGAGUGUAUGCAAUGAGACAUGGAAGGAGAGUGCCUAAACUGAACCGACCUCCUGACCAGCGAAAGGCACUGUUGCGUGGCCUGACAACACAACUUCUGAAACAUGGACGAAUCAAGACUACCAGAGCAAGGGCUAAAGCUGUGAGGAAGUAUGUUGACAAGAUGGUUACCCUAGCGAAGGAGGGAUCUCUACACAAGAGAAGACAGGCCCUUGGCUUUAUUUACGAGAAACAAAUUGUUCAUGCUUUGUUUGCUGAAGCCCCAGAGAGGUAUGGAGAACGAAAUGGAGGAUACACGAGAAUCAUAAGAACCCUGCCAAGACGUGGGGACAAUGCACCCAUGUCAUAUAUUGAACUCGUCUAGUCCACCACCACACAAUGUAUUUUGAGUCAUGUUUAUUGGUAUGGUUUGCUGUAUUUGAGUUGAGAAUAGUUAUUGUCUAUUUUUAAAAUGCAGAAUCCUUGUAUCUUUCUUGCC